AUCCUCCAUUUUAGGAUUAAAUGUUCCGAAAGGCACGCUGAAAUCGAUCAUGGACUUUUAUGGUAAAGGAAACUUUGGAAGCAUCGAUGAGAUGCGCAUCAUUAUCACAAAUGGAUUAGAGCAUCUGUUAGAGCUAGGAGAGAGAAAAUGGACCAUAAAAAUGAUACUAAAUACCUCACUGGUUUUAGCCAUUGGUGUAGCACAGAUAGCAAUUGGCGCUAUAAUGGAAGUGUACUCGGUUGGACUUAUGACUCACGCAGCUAGUUCAUUGAUUAGUGAAGGAGUCAACGACAUCAUGUACGCUGUCGAUGCUGCCGUAUCUGGUAAUUUCAGUUGGCAAGAUUACGCAAAUUAUAAAUGGAAAAGUGUAGCCUUUUCGAUUUGCACGGCAGGUGUGGGAAUGUAUGUGUCUAAAGGUGUUAAACUGAGCCGAAUAGGAUUGAAAAUAGUUGGACCAAGUCUCGAGUACGGUGGCAAACGGGUUGCCGGCAAGCAGCUUAUCAAAGAAAUCGGCAGUCGAGCGGUGGUAAAAGAGAUCGCCAAACGUGUGGCGUUGAAAACGGCGAAAGGUGUCUCGUUUGCUUUGGCAAAUACUGCUAAAGAUAUGAUUGUUGCCGACUAUCUGCAAACCAGACUAAACUCUGUAGCAUCGGAUAUUUUGUCAGGAAUCCGGAAAGCAGUGGAAAGUCAUAAAGUUGCUCAAACCUUACAGAAAGCUUAUGAUCAGUUAGGUGAGAACGACGCUAAAGCUCUUGUGGACGACUUGACAAAUGCAUACCUGGUGAAACAGACUAUGACUGAUACAUUUGAGCUCUCCGCUAAGGAAAUAGCCAAUAGUGUGAUAAAAGGAAUAAAAACUGGAUUUAAAAAAAAGCAUACAAAUAGCAGCAAUUUCAUUUCCAUGCUAGCUUUAGUGCCGGAUGUAUUUGAUAACUCUUUACAAAUUGUCGAAAUACUUUCCCAAACUAAUAAACUGUUGGAUUACAUUAAUGCCGAGAUGGUACUGAAGCUCUCAAAAAUUGAGCUUAAAACGCCAGCAAAAGAAACACAAGUAAAUCUACUAAACGGAAAAGAUUUUGAGCGCUUUCAAACGGAAGUGAUCGGUCAAUGGGAAAAGAUAUUAAAUAAGCACGUUGGAAAAUUGAUCGCACAACAUGUUGUGCAGCCAGUGCUUAAAUUCGGCGUGCAAUUGGCCUUGUCAUAUGUCGCCGAAGGUUUAAUGCAUAUAAGAGACAGCCCAAACACUACCCUGAACAGACCUGUUGACAAACUAAAGAACAAGUAUGAGAAGAAAAUCACUCGACCUGAUAUGACGGACGAUACGAAGCGUCAGCUUAUAGACCAGUAUCAUGGGCGGUUGCUGAAAAUGCUGCACAAAACUCGUAGUCCAUCUCUGUUGGGCACUAUCAUCCGGGAGAACGUUCCAAUGGAUUUGAAGUGCGUCGGGGCCUGUACUAACAUAGUACAUAGAAUGUUACAGGCACAAAAUUCUAAUAUCACGGGUCUUACCAUAACUGUGCGUGGAAAAAAGGGAAUAGAGCAAUCGUUUACUUCUGGUAAGAAUGGUCGCAAAGUAUAUCUGGAACUGUUAGAAAACCAUUUUACUGUGUCACAGGUGAAAGGUUCAAACAUUGACACGACUGAGAACAAUAGUCUGUAUGGAGCGCUAACGAUUGCUCUACCGACUUUGCAAUCGAUAGAGCCAACCGUAUUCCGAUCUAAGUUAAGCAAAUACAUUGAAAAUAACAAAAGCCUCCGUCAUCUCAUUCAGCAGAGCUUACAACACGCUCCGUUAAAACAAGGGGUGAUUGUAAGUGCUAAAAUUAAGAAGGUAGACUAAGAACGACCAAGUCACAUUACGACGACGUUCUCUUUUGUGAGUAGGCGAACGAGAGAGAGAGAUGUAGAGAGAGAUACAAAGAGAGAGAGAGAGAGAAAGAGAGAGAGAUGGAUACUAAGAGCAUAAAGCAUUUUAACGACAAAUCGAUCAUAAACCAAGUAGAGAUCAUCAUUUUUGUUGUAUUAAAAAGGUAAAACAGUUUAUUAGUUUUGAAAUUAAAAUGAUGUAAAAAACCAUGUACUAUUGUUUAUCAACUGCUUAGUCUGUUAUCAUUGUAACGUAGAAAAACGUUAAACACCUAAUUCGUUAAACAUAUAAGUUAAAAAAACUGGUCAACGUUUAGAUAUCAUUGCAUUUAUUCGUUGGAUAGCAAAAUCUAGAGAAUCGAAUAUCGUUCGGUUUUAAUUUUCGCGGAACGUAAGGUCGGCAGCAAAAACUACCGUAGAAUGUGUACAAAUAGUAAUUUAUAACGCAUUUUGGUCCAGAUGAUCGUAUUGGAAGUCAGUUACCUACAGAACGCAGCUAAGCGCACAAGGAUCGAGAGAUUAUCGAUUGACAUUGGAACCAGAAUCUUGCAGAUAAUCGUAGUUGUUCAGUCAGAACCGUUAUUGCACAAAUUCUACUUACUUACGUACUGAUACAUGUAGCCUGAUAUAUGAUGUCAAUCAGCCUUCGUUCUUCCUAUAUGACACGAUGAUACGCUUACUGUUCCUGUGUAGUUCCUGUGAUUUAUAAAUUAUUAUUACGCUGAUCAUCACUUCUAAAGAUAAUAACUGGACGAUGAACUAUUUUUAUUUCCGCACCAUAACAACAAGAAGUUGCUUUCUACGUCAAUAAUAACGUUCUGAUCAGUUAGCAACGCCUCGUUAUCUCACUGUUUUUAGAUAUACUUGUCUGCUUCGUGAUAAUUCUUAAGAAACAGGGACGAAGUAAAAUUUUAUUUUUGCCAUAAAAAAGGUCAUAGACUCAGUAAAUGUUUAGAAUUAAGAUUAGUAUGGGAUUAUAUAACACCGUUAAAAUGUAAACAUAUGUUGUCAUAUGAAGUCUCGUCACAAAAAGUCAUUUGCAAAACUCAAAAAAGUCAUUUGCAUAAAAAUUCAAGAUUUUUAAUGUAUGCGUCAUUCGCCAAACAUAUGAAUGGAUUAUGGUUUUAUUUUUAAAUAAUUUUAAAUAUCAAGAAACCAUCGAGCAUGUUAAACGGUGUACCAGACUCAGAUAAAAUAUUUGAUAACUGUAAAGUUUUUUUUUAUUUAUGAAAAGAGAGGGUUUGCAAAAAACACACUCAUACAAACACAAUAGGACAUUUUGAAAAAGUGUAAAAAGUCUAAACAUCAUAUAGGAAAUGAUUACCUCUGGGUUCUAAUUGUAUGUAACAAGCUUAUAUUGUAUGCUCGUUUUAGUAUUUUUGCUUUAAGAAAUAUGAUAUUUCACCAGAAUAAGCUAAAUAAUCAGUGGAAAUGUUUAUGAGUAGAUAAAAUAAUUAUGAAGAUCUAAGCUUACUUUAGGAUUUAAAAAGAUGUAAUAUCAUGUAAUUUAAAAACUAUUCCUUCAAACGCUCAGUGGGUGUUGGAUUCGCCUUUUUGCAUGGAGACUUCUAAGCGAGCCUAAUGAAAUUGAUAAAGUGCCACAAAACUGCCAUGUGAAUGAAUGUUCAGCAUAUACCAUAGCAAUGUUUCAAUGAAACAGCUAGCACUCUCUCUUUUUCUCUUGUUGGGCUGCUCACGAUAGAGCACGACGGUGUGACAUGGCCCGGUCCACAACAAUUCUCCAGGAUGCUCGGUCCAUGGCUGCAGUCUCCAAUCCAUGUAGACACCCGAUCUCCGACAGGUCUCGCUAGCAAGAUAGCAAUUACCACAAUUGACUAGAAACAUAAAAACUCUGUAUGGAUAAAUGUCUGCCAUUCCAUCUGCCCUAAUAUGUAUUGAGCUGAUUUUGUUAAUUGUGAUUGUGUUAAAUUAUGUUAAUACAUAAUGGGAUUGGAAUCGGUACUAUCUAUUGGCAACGUGAACGUGAGACCUUCGACCGGUUUCGUUCAGCUCUGCAUUAGGACAAAUUGCCUAGAUGGCAAAGAGCCAUCUCAACACUAAACUGCAACUAUAGUGUUAUGGGUCUAAGAACAUGUUGUAAAAUAGCCAUCUCAUGGGGCAGCCUGGUCAUCUGAUAGAUAGGAGCAAGUUAGAGUUCCACAACUUCAGAUAAUGGGAAAGUCUCAUCCAGCUCAUCCACCACACCGAUUAUGUUGAUAAGGAUAAGAUAAUGCAGACCUUGUGCUGCAAUCAAAAUUAAAAUGCAAAAUGCAAAAUGCAAUUACCUAAAUGUGAAAAUGUUAUAAGUAAGAUGAUUACUAUUCAGUUAGUAGUAUAGUAGUUGAAUAAUAGAUCACUAGAAAUUAGGACUAGAAGAGCAGAGUUUGUAAUGUCGUAUUUAUAGUUUGAUUGCAGUGUAUACAUUAAAUACAUUUUCCGGAGUAAGUAGGUUGAUUCAAUUGAUUCAAUUUAUGUAUUAAUGUUUGUUUGUUGAUUUCAUUUUCAAAAAACGCCUCCAUAUCAGUUUUAUAAACGUAUUUGUGUACUUAUAUAGCGGUCCCGUGGUGUGCAGUCGUCAGCUCGCACGACUUAACAACAUGCCCGUCGUACGUUCAAACUUAGAGGGGGCCGCCUGGCCCCCCGGUAGCAAAAUCUGGCUAUCAAGCUGCAUGGUACUAAAGUCUCGAAAUCCUAUAUAGGGCUGCAUGUCCCCAUAGGAAGAUAGAAGAAGAAGGCCAAAUAGAAGAAGAAGUACUUGUAUCGUAAACGUACGCUAUUGCCUUUGUGCACUGUUAAUAUAAAUUCAUGCCUGAACAAUUUUGUUUUUGCUUAUACCACACUUACUUACAUAUCUGGCGCUACAACCGCUUUGCGGUCUUGACUUCAGGAAUGUCGGAAACUGCUCACGGUCUCGUGCCUCCUCGUCUUUAUACUAGCAUUUUUAUUAUAAUACAUGCUACUAAUUGGCAAAAAAGAAUUAUUACAAUUUUUUAACAUACAUUUUUAGGUGAAAUACGGUUUUUGUAAUACGUUAAAAUAUUUAUAUGGUAUCAUGUGUUGAAAUACAAAAGAAUGUUAAACGGUUGCUAGCAAUAUUUACAUGGUAACCAGUAACAAGUAGAUGGUUUUUGCUAGUUCAUUACCCCUUCGCGAACCCUGCUAGAUUGCCCUGUCCAUGAGAAAAAAGAUGGAAGUUUUUCAAGCAGAAAGCGUAUAGUCUGAGGGCACCUGAAAGGUGUGCAUCAACCACUUUCUUAUCUUGGAUCGUGCUUUGAACAUCGUGCAAAGCAAACGCCGUAUCACUUCGUCGCCAGUGCUGUUAGCGGUAACACACGGAGUGAGUUUGUGUGGCGCGUUCCGUAUUGUGAAUCGAGGCAAGCUUUUAUCAGCUAUAAUUUCUGUUUAAGAAUACAAUUUAUCACAGUUAUCGUACCAGUGUUUUGAAAAAAGCAAUAUCAAUCGUGUUAAACAGCUCGCAACAGAUGAGUUAAUGCCACUACCCUUCUCUAAUCGUGUGCGUCGAGCUAAGCGUAUCUUGCAAAGGAUGCGUCAUCACAUGUUCGUGUCAAUACCGGUAAACACGGGCCGGCGUCAUGAAGUGCGCAUGACCGGGUGCAUAUAAAUUGAGAGUGAGAACGUAAAGUGUUUAAAUUGGUUCAUUGAGAAAGAAAGUAACGUAGCAAAAACGUUAAGUGAAUUGUGCGACUUCAAACGAAAUGAUAAGCAUGUGGUGAUGGGAAUUCCCCAAUGUAAAGCAUUUUGCUUGUGUUUACUUUCGGAUUCCGGCAGACGGAGACGGUUUCAGUUAUUCUACAGAUGUCUGAAUCAACGUGACCUUAACUGUUUUGGAAUUUCUACUCCAUAGCAGUACCGUAGUGUGAUUGACAAUGUUGCAAUUCUUCUUCUUUGGCUCAACAACCGAUGUCGGUCAAGGCCUGCCUGUACCCACUUGUGGGCUUGGCUUUCAGUGACUAAUUGAUUCCCCCCCAUAGCAGGAUUGUUAAUCCUACGUAUGGCGGCACGGUCUAUUUGGGGAUUGAACCCAUGACGGGCAUGUUGUUAAGUCGUACGAGUUGACGACUGUACUACGAGACCGGCUCCGGAUGUUGCAAUUAAAUUGUGAAAUUAUACAAAUGUGGUUGAAUGUGAGUGAAGUCUGAUGGUAUGUAGCGUCAAACGAAGCAAGACAGUGUAACGUGCUGAUGCCCUGCGUGAAGGAUUGAUUCUUCGAAACGGCUGUAAUCUAUAAAGCAAUUAACGUAUAAAACCAACAAGAUACGGGAUAUAUGGUCGUCGAUAAGGAAAAUGUAUAAAGUGAUAAGCGGUUGUGGCUGGUGCUUACCAUUAAAGUGAAUCAGUGAAUAAAAAAAAACGUGCAAAUAAGCAAGAACAUAAAAAGACAUCCGAUCAUGGAAUUGUCGGUGACGAUACGGGAGAGGAGUGUGGACAGCCGAACGGUGAUUGAAGUGAAAGGGAAGCAUAUCGUGCUAAGUGAAAUUAAAACACGCAUAGAAACCCUCUUGGCCAACUCUACUGUUGAAGAGGUUCGUAUCUUUGCUGGCAUCAUUCUUACCAUCGAUGUGGAUCUUUCUCGCGAUGUUUGGCAUGGGCGAAAUCUGAUGGUUUUGGCGAACGAAAUCAAAGUAUGCACUACGGUUCGUUGGAAUGUGUCUGGGAAAGAUAACGACCAUACCUACACGUCCAAUGCCGGUACGGAUGGGAACGGUGUUGGCAAACAAGGAGCCGAUGGAUAUCCGGGCGAAAGUGGAGGUAACGUUUUAUUGCAGGCAAUCACAUUUCAACACCCCGAACGAUUGACGAUCAUUUCGAACGGUGCAAACGGAAGCAACGGUCAGGAUGGCGGCAAUGGAAAGGCGGGCGUCGACGGUAAAGGUAUCUCUAGGGCAGACUUUAAGGACAAGUUUCCGCCGACUGCCAAGUUUUUGGAGGGGCAGCGUGCUAACCUUGUAGAAACCACUGUCAAAAACAUUAGAAACUUAACUCGAAACAUUAAAACACAGUGGUUGGUUACAACAAUGCCCUUAUUUCCCGUCAAUACCACUCACAGAGAAAACGUACUUUAUCACACGGAUUUUCGUGUCGAUUUCUUUGAUAGUCUUUACAUCGAGGUGGAAACGCACGAUGGCUGCGAGAUAACGUUUUCUUUUCAGCAAGGCACACCGUUUUACAACUGCCAAUCGUUUCUGAUGUUCAAGGGAACAUCUGGCCAGCGUGGACAGGCUGGCGGAGGAUAUGGGCUGGGAGGUCAAGGUGGAUUUGCUGGCGAAGUGACAAUCAAACGUUUAUACGAUGGUCGUACGUUUGACAUUAAGACAUACUGCAACCGGGGCAAUGAUGGAGAAAACGGAAAGGGUGGAUUGUAUGGUGCGCACGGUAAAAAUGGUUGGGACAUGGGUUAUGUGGAUUACUCGGUCGCGGACAAUCCAGUGUUGUAUGGACAAGAUGAAAAGAGCAAACUUCAGCUGUCGUUCUAUGACGAAAAUUCAUCCAGCAGAAUGUAUUGUCCAUAUAAGGUCCAUAUUAAAAGCAGCUAUUAUUAUGCUGGAUUACAGGAAUCAAGAAUUGAUCAUCAAUCUAGUAACGCAUUCGAGGAAAGGAACAACACCCAGUCACGUACCGAGAGACAGCAUCAUGCGAAAGCAAUAGGGAAGAAAUCCAUUCCUGGGCUGCGCAUUGCUGCUGCAUUUUCCGAAUACUUGCAAGAAAUUGAACGAGAAAGGCAGCAAUUGGAAAAACAAAGGAUUGAGAGAGAAAAUCAAGAAUUAGAACGGCUGCGAAUCGAGAAGGAAAAACAGGAAUUAAAGAAACAACGGGAAGAACUUGAAAAACAAAAGUUAGCGAAACAACGGCUAGAACGGGAAAAACAACGGGUUGAGAAAGAAAAACUGCGAAUGAAAAAACAAAGAAUCCAAAAAGGAAAGCAGGAAUUGGAGAGACAACGCAUCGAAAAAGAAAAGCAGGAGCUGGAAAAACAGCGGAUCGCACAAGAAAGGAAAAAUGUUUUACAACAACAAAUCGAACAAGAAAAACAACGUUUAGCAAAACGGCAGAUUGAAAAAGAAAAGCAACAAGAAUUGGCUGAACAGGUGAAAGAAUAUUUGAAUUGUGAUGCAUUGCAGCAAGUUGUUGAAAGCCAAUACGCAGAUCUUGAUCGAGUCACGGAUCUGGACAUAAAACGCAUUGUUAAACUUGGUGAAAUGUAUAAAGAUCCUAGUCGAGAGGAAAUAUUCAGCAAAUUGAACAAUAACUUGAAUCUAGACGAUUGGCUCCAGCUUCGAACACGUCCUGCUGAUCGCCCUGAGCUGGUGUCUUUGGUGGAACAUUUUGAAACAUUAAAAUCACAGCUCGAACGUUUGCGUGGAAGGGAUUACAGUUCUAAGAUAACGCCCGUUACGGAAACGUUGAAAAUCAAGUAUAAAAUAGCAAUUCUAAAAGAAAUUACCCAGGAACUGCCGACCUAUCACACAACAGAGAAUCGUUUCGUAUUGACAGCAAAGACUGUAGGGAGAUAUCUGGAAGAAACGGAUGAAAAGAAUGACACAUUUUAUCAUCCCGUUCUUGGCACUUUGAAGCAAUACAUUUUUGAAAAUAAUCCAGCACAACGAGAUAACAUUAACAAAUUCAUAGCAAAAGCAUCGGAAUAUAGCGUCAAUGGAGUCAAACGUGCCGUAGAAACAUUCAUUAUGGAAACAGAUAGCUCAAAAGAUGAAAAUAAACGUGUGAAACUGUUUUAUGAUGAGUAUCAGGAUUAUUUGGAGAAACAGCAAAGAAAUAUUGAUGCUAUAACGCAAUCAUUAGCAGCAGAACUAAAGAAGUCUAAACAUCAAGAAGCAUUCCGUCUGUGGAAUGAAAGCAUUGAUGACGAUGGUUUGCUGGAAGAUCUUGAAGAAUUGAUUAGAAAAGAUAAGGUGUUAAGCUCACUGUAUGAUGAACUGAAGCGUGCGGAAAAUGCUGAAUAUGAUUGGGAAAGGUGUUGUGCCGAUGAAAAAAUACAAGAAAUAUUCCAGAUCAACUUAAAGCAGGAAGGAAUCAUGUGCAAAAGUUACAGAAUACUGCUAGCGUAUGUAUAUGAUUUGAACAUUCGAGUGUAUGCCAAGGAUGAGGACAAUGAAAUCGUUCUGAUAGAAGAUCAUAAUCCAAAAUCCAUUAAAAUUACACACAUUUUACACAAAUCGAACGAAUUCACCCAACUGAAAAUCAAUGAAAGCUACUGUCAGUUAGAAGAAGAGCGUCUGCACAAGGAUCGAAUUUUCAGACGAAUUCUGACGGAGAUAAACGGAAUGCAGGACAUACAGACCAUCGAGAAUUACUUCGAACGAGAAGUAUUUGAUCGAAACAGUUCUAAUUUCGCUACAAUAUUUGAAGAUUUAGAAGACGAGAUAACAGUUGAAAAGAUUGCAGCAUUUUUUUCAGCCGAUGAGAAGGACCAAAUUGCCCAACGUCUGAAGAACAUUUCUCCCAAAUACACCGGCCAACAUGGAGUGUUCGAAAGCAUCUUGCUGCGUUUUUCUUUCGAAGGCAGCCAUGUGUCAUCAAACGAACUGUGUUUCUUAAUCAACUCUAUACUUGCUCACACUGUUGAAGCAAGGCAAGAAAGGUACACCUUUUCAUGGAUUGUUGCAGCAUACAAUCAGUGCAGUUGGACAAAUGAGCUGGUGUUGCUGCAGUUGGAGAACUGCUACAAGAGACAGCUGCAGGAAAAACCCAAAUGGCGCAAGUACAUGUCCAAAAUCGAAAAUAAAGGAGCUUUGCUAGUGUUUUCUGCUCAGUUUACUCGUAAGCCUUGUCCUGCGCAGUGUGUUGAAGAUAUCUUGCACUUGCUGAGUAACAUUCCAAUAGAAUCUGUUCGUUUAGAUGAACUGGAGCUAACAGAGUGGCCUUAUGUGCUUAAGGAAUUCUAUUGGACACAUAAGUUGAAAGCUCUUAUAACGUGGGGAAAUGACUCGGAAGCCUUAACUUCUGCUUCGUUCUUCGUUCUGUCCAUAGAGAACACGUAUGGAAACAAGUUGGUGGAGAAUUUAUUUGAAUCGUUGGUGGAAAAGCGCAGUGAGCUUACGCAUUCUAUGUUAUUAAACGUGCUAUCUUGCUUUCAUAAACAAAAGUGGAACUUGUGUGUUGAUGAUCUUAACGUUUUAAAACAGAGUAACUUGUUUGAAUGGAUUAAACGCAUGGAAGAAAAGUUCAAGAUAAACUUAAAGGAACUAAAUAUUUCACAGAUAGCAACUAUCAUUAGAGGCAAUGCUAACACAUCUAGUAAAAUAGUGAAGCAUUUGUCAGAAAUUGAACAAUCGGUAGCAAAUAUUCAUCAUAACAAGAAAACCAUCGAAACAAGGUUGAUAUCCUCUUUUUCGCUCAUUGAUGUAGAAAAAUGGGUUAAAGAGUUCCGUGUUAAGAACCAGAAAACGAAUACAAACAUGUACGAAGAAAUGCUUGCUGUAAUAGAUAGGGCAAUUGAGCUUAAGAGAGGGUUUAAGUUACGAGACACCCAGCUAUUGACAAUUUUGGCCUUACUAGUCAACGAUAAUAGCACUUUGGCACAAGUAUCUACAGGCGAAGGUAAAUCAUUGAUCGUAGUAGCGACCGCGAUCAUUAAAGCGCUCCUAGGGGAGAAGGUAGACAUUAUCACCAGCUCCUCAGUACUGGCUCAACGAGAUGCUGUCACCAACAAUGAUAUCUACGAAUUGUUUGGUCUUAGUGCCUACCACAACUGUAGCGAACAGAUAGAGGAGCGAAAGGAAGCUUACUCAUGUAAUCAAAUAAUUUACGGAGGUUUGGGAAACUUUCAACGUGACUAUCUAUUCGAUAGAUUUUAUGGAAAACAUGUGGUGGGUAAUCGCAGUUUUGAAAAUGUGAUCGUCGAUGAGGUGGACAGCAUGUUGCUCGAUAAGGGAAACAAUAUGAUAUACCUGUCGCAUGACAUUGCUGGUAUGGAUAAGCUGAAAUCGGUAUACUUGUUCAUUUGGCAAAUGGUCAAUACUCCGACCGAUCUUCCGGAAGAUGUACAUAUGGAAGCGGUUAAAAGGUCAGUUUUGAGUGACAUGUAUGCAAUCAUCCAGAAAGAGGAUAUCCAAAGUUUGGACAAUGCUUUGGGAAAAUCGAAUGUUUUGGGGCUUUGGGAAAGAUUAGUUAAGUCUGGAAUAAUAAAUGACGCAGGAAGAUUACAAACGGAAGCUAUUGAUUCCAACAAACUAGAAAAAGUACUUACACCAGAUUUCACACAAUACAAAGAUCGUCUAAGCUUCUUACUUACGUCUUGUCUCGAGCGUGAAACGUGCAUCAAAAUACCAAAUUAUCUAAAAGCAUUCGUGGAGAGACACUUGGACAGUUGGAUUUCAAGCGCCAUAACAGCGCUGUACAUGGUCCCGGGACAGUACUACGUGGUGGACGUCUACAGAUCGGGAACAAGUGCCGACCGUAUUCCAAAUGUAAUUAUUCUCGAUACGGAUACGGGUACUGAUCAGGUGCGCACACAUUGGGGUGAGGCGUUACACCAAUUUUUGCAGCUUAAGCACGGUUGUAAGCUGUCAACCCAAAGCCUGAAAGCAGUUUUCAUUUCCAACGUUACAUAUUUGAAUAAAUACAAACUGCUGUAUGGUUUAACAGGCACUUUAGGAUCACAAAGAGAAAGACAUCUGCUUGAGGAGAUACAUCGGGUAGACUUUGUCACUGUCCCCACUUUCAAAUCGAAACAAUUUGAAGAGUAUGAACCCAUCAUUUGUUCUGGCAAAGAUGACUGGUUAAAACAAAUACACCAAGAGGUGAGUAAACUGACCAAGACUAAUAAAAGAUCGGUCCUGAUCAUUUGUGAAACAAUCCAAGAUGUAGAAACAUUGCAAAAGAAUAUUGCUUCUAAGGGGCACACAAAAGUUCGCAUUUAUGUACGCGAUUAUGAGAAAUUAGAUGUUACAAGGAGUAAACUGAUACCGGGAGAAGUUAUCAUUGCCACCAACUUGGCAGGUCGAGGCACAGAUAUAAAAAUAUCCGACGAACUUGAAGAGGCCGGAGGAUUACACGUGAUAUUAUCAUACCUUCCGGCGAACAUUCGAAUUGAAGAGCAAGCCUUUGGAAGAGCGGCUAGAAAGGGCGAAAGGGGAUCGGGACAGUUGAUAAUAAUGGCAAAUGGUGGAAUUGCAAAUCGUUCUAUGAUAUUUGCCCUCAAGCAAAAACGCAAUGUCGAUGAGCUUUUCCGCAUAUCUGCUAUAAAAGCUUAUUACGAAACCACUAUUAAAAUAGAAGAGAGUUGUUUUGAAGCAUUCAACGAGCUGUAUGAGAAAAAAAUGAAACUUUUAGCUAAUGCUGAAACGCCAGAGCCGGUGAAGGAUAUUCUGCUCCAAAGUUGUUUGGACAGAUGGUCGUUUUGGUUAGACGAACACAAGACACUGAUAGAAAAAGCAUCAGAUGAGGCUUCCAAGCGGGAAGUAAAACAGCGACUGAAACACUUUCUAUUACAAUUUGAUGAUCUGAAAGCAACGAGCGCAAACAAUUGGGCAGCUUGGGUUGAAGAAAACCCAAUGCAAAUAAUCAAAUUGGGGAAAUAUAUUUCACAACACGAUUCGAAGCAUCGCAAUACAGCAAUGCAACUGUUUGGGAAGGUUAUCUCGAGUGAGCCGUAUUUUUGCGAAGCCGCCUAUUACUAUCGUGCAUACACACGAUCACUUGACAACAUGAACGUUGGUGACUUCAAAAAGGAUUUGCGUAUGGCAGAAAAACUUUUAAACGAUCAUAUAAAAUAUGAAAUCCAUGCAUCAGGUAUAGUGUGUAAGCUAAAGAAUAACACACCACCGAUCGAGGGCUAUGAAGAGCAAAAGAAGUGUCUCAUUAAUCUAUACUCACUGUUCCUUCAAUCCAUAGACGACAUGUUGGGUCAUGCUGUAAGUCCUGAAUCGUUUGUUAAUUAUGAAAUAAAGGAGGAUGUUGCUGGAAUAAUCUUUGACGAUCUGGUACGAAUCGGCAUGAUAAAGAACGCUCAAGUAAUCGAUAACAUACCUAAUGAUCAGAUUCAGAGACUUCACGUCGAGUACGGGAUACCUGUAGAUCAGUUGAAGAAGUUCUUAGCUCAACAUAGGGGGCCUAUCGAUGACAAAGAGUUCCUUAAAGCUAUUCGAGAAUCAUUUUCAUUUCCAAGCAGAAGCGAUUUUUGGGAAACACUUAUUAACCAAAAGGCUCUGCUCAGUGUUGAAAGGUAUGUUGCGAUCAAUGAAGAACGGCUCAAAAUAAUGGAUCCUGCUCUAAUGAACGUUCUGAAGGAAAAGGUAGACAAAGGACAGCUGGUGAAAGCAGUUGUUAAGCUGGAUAAGCACCAGAUCUUGUUGAUCCACGAACAACAGUCACAGUUUUACUAUGAGAAAGAGAAGCUCAUUGAUAUGAUCGGUAAAACGAAGUAUAUCUCUCUUGAAGAAAAUGGUCUACUAUCAUGCAACGAAAAGGCUACAAUAGACAAGGAUAUAAUUGCUGAUUGUAUGUUUUCUGCCUUUGAUUCUAUUACAGUUCAGGAUAUUACAAACAGGACAAGAAUUACAACGAGUGAAGCAAAAAAUAUCAUAGCGGAACUACUUAAGCGUAAUGUUCUACAAAAAAGGGGUGAAACGUUUGUCCUACCAAUGAACUACGACGAUAGCCAGGAUGUCUUGCUUCCCACCUAUCCAGUGUAUGAGAGUGUCGUUAGAAACGUCCUUGCUUCAUGUUUUGCAUACAGACUAGCUCUGAGAAACAUUGCACGACAGCUAGAAGAGGAGAACUGUUCUGACAUUCGUAUAGAAUUGAAGCCCAAUCCCCAUCAAAUGUUUUUUACCGACUUACUGGAGCAUAAAAUAAUGCUCCCUCCUAUGGCCACGCAUGAGAUCGAUGAAAGUAAAAUCAAGGCAAUGUAUAAAACAUCAUGGUCGAAAGGGGCAUGGAUAAGCAUACUUUCUAAGGAGAUUGGUUUGUCUCAAGAAUACACCAAGCUCCUGGUGGAUGUGCUGCUUAAAAACCGUUGGAUUGUUCCAAACCCCUUAAUGGAAUUGUUGUUAUUUUCUCCUUCAAAUAACAUGUCUGAAGAAAUAAAGAAUGCAUUGGCAAGCUACAGGUUCAGUUCGAAAGAUGACCGAACUAGCGUAGCCUAUUUAAAAUCAUGCAUUGCAUCAAUCAAUCAAAAACAUGGGCUUCUUGAAUCCUAUGACGUUGGAGUUGCGAUUGAAAAGUGGUUUAACAAUCAAUUGCUGUUAAUUGAAAACGGAACUGCUAAACAUAUUGAGAAUGUCUUAAGUAAGUCGAAAUCGUCUCUAGCAGCAAUAAAUGUUCCGCAAGGCACGCUGAAAUCGCUCAUGGACUUUUAUGGUAAAGGAAACUUUGGAAGCAUCGAUGAGAUGCGGAUCUUCAUCACAAAUGGAUUAGAGCAUCUGUUAGAGCUAGGAGAGAGAAAAUGGACCAUGGAAAUGAUAUUGAAAACCUCACUGGUGUUAGCGGCUGGUGUAGCACAGAUAGCAAUUGGCGCUAUAAUGGAGGUGUAUUCGGUUGGAAUGAUGACUCACGUUGCCGGCGCUUUCAUUGGCGAAGGUGUCAGCGACAUCAUGUUUGCUGUGGGUGCUUUUAAGUCAGGUUACUUCAGCUGGAAAGAUUACGGAAAGCAUAAGUUACAAAGUCUGCUUUUUACGAUCGGUACGGCCGGUGUGGGAAUGUAUCUCUCCCAGGGCGCCAAGAUGUCUCGCAUAGGUUAUAAAGUUGCUGGACCAAGUCUCGAGUACGGUGGCAAACGGGUUGCCGAAUCAUCCGGAAAGCAGCUUAUUAAAGCAGUUGGUGGACGGACGGUCGUUAAGGAGAUAGCGAAGUGUGUGGCGCUCAAAACAGCAGAAAGUGUCGCAUUUGCUGUGGCAAAUACGGCCGUGGAUACGGUUGUUGAAAAUCAUCUGCAAUCCAUGUUGAACUCCUUAGCAUCGGAUAUUUUAUCUGGAGUUAAGGGUGAAGUAGCAAAUCAUAAGGUUGCUCACAAUUUGCAGAAAGCGUACGAUCGUUUAGGUGAAAAUGAUGCUAGAGCCCUCGUGAACGACUUGACAAAUGCAUACAUGUUGGAACAGAACACGACACAAACCUUCCUUCCAUUCACCAAGCAAAUCAGCCAAAGCGUGAUGCAAGGAAUCGGGAAGGCAAAUAAAAAAACAGGUACCACAAACAGUGCCAUGGUGCUGAUCAACCAAAUCAGUCGAGUAAUGGAUUGUGUGGAUCGUGUUGCACAAGUCUAUAAAAUGCGCAACGCAACAUACCAAUUGCUUGAUAGUAUUAACAUCGAAAUGGAGCGGAAACUCGCAAACAUUGAGCAGAACUCAGCUCCAUCGAAAGAAACCCCGGUAAAUGGCAAAGAUUUCGAGCGCUUUCAAAGGGAAGUGGUUGAGCAAUGGGAAACGACGUUAAGUAAGCACGUUGGGCAACUGAUCGCACAACAUGUUGUGCUGCCAGUGCUGAAAAUGGGCGUAAAUAGUGUCCUUUUACAUGUAGGUACAGCAUUGAAGGACAUUAGACGCAGCAUGGUAGAGUCGGAAUUGAGCAGAGAUGUUCAUCGGCUGAAGGACGAACACGAACAGAAGAUGAAUAAGCUCGAUAUGACAGCAGAAACAAAGCGUCAACUGACAGAGGAAUAUCAUGGUCAAAUGCUGAAGAUUAUGCACAAGACUCGUAGUCCGUCUCUGUUUGCCACCAUCAUCCGGGAAAACGUUCCAAUGGAUUUGACUUGUGUCGGGGCCUGUACUCCAAUGAUACAUAAAAUGCUACAGGCACAACAUGGUGCGUUAUCGGGGCUCACAAUCACUGUCCACGGGGAAAAGGGUAUAAAACAAUCGUUCAGUUCUGGAACGGGUGGUCCCGAGAUUCACCUAGAUCUGAAGGGCAAUCAUUUCACUUUCGGAGCUGGAGAGUCAACUGUUGCCACGACAGGUAAUAAUUGUCUGUACGGAGCACUAGCCACAGCUAUACCGGAUCUGCAAGCUGUAGGAGAGGAUUCGUUCAGGUCCAUGUUGUGUGAUUCCAUCCAGCAUGAUGACAGCAUGCACCAUCACAUUCGACAGGGUUGGCAUCGUGUGCCGUUAAAGCAUGGUGCGGUUGGCGGAGCCCGCAAGUCCCCUGCCAACACGACCAAUAAAGGAGAUGGUACAUUCAAAGCACCGACGGUGAUCUUGUCGAAUGAUAGACCGAAAGGAAAAGCUAAAGCACGUUGCUUAAGCAAAACGCCGUACGUAGAUGAUGAAUCAUCCACAACCAAUGAGCUGCAAGGCGAAUCAAGUCAACCCGUCACGAACGAUUCCAGAACUCCCGAGUAUCAUCUGGAUUCGCGUGUAGCUCACCAUACGGGUCGUUUUGCAGGGGAGUUGAAAAAAAUCGCUGAAAUAACGAACAUUCCUGUAGAUGAAUUGAUCAAAGCGGGGCGCAGUAUGUUCAAGGCGAGCAGAAACUGCUCUGGACAGGAUCAGCAGCAGGCGCAUGUGGUGCGGGUUUCCAUCCUGGAGGAAAGGCUAAAAACCGACUUUCCAGAUUUAUACCAAAGGCUCACACGCCACGCCGGUCACACACAGCUAGUUGAUAAGUUUGUGAACGUGUUUCAUAAAAUAGGUGGAGAUAUCGAUAGGAAUCAGGCCGACUGGAUACUUGAUCUUGCAACUGUAGAUUUCACGAAAGGAUUAAACGAUCAUUCGAGAGAAGUGUUUGAGAAGUAUAAAAGUUCCGUUUUGAGAGUGUUUGAUAACAACAUCAACUCGAACAAGUACAGUAAAGAGCAGGUGUUGGUUAUAAAAAAUGCAAGAAAAAUUAUUAAUAACACUAGUACAGAGGUGUUGUUUGAACGUGCACAGAAAGGAUAUGAUUUUAAAUAUGAAUACAAACCUUCGGGGCGCGGUGUGGGAAGACCCAAAAUUUAUAGAACAGAAAACGAGGAAUAGGUUUAUUGGUUCCUUAAUUUUCGACAUACUUUGAGGGCAAUGAGGAAUAGUCAUUUAGUUUCAGAAGAGAUGUAAUGGUUUGUAUGAUAUCGAAACAAGUUGUAUUCAUCUUUUAAACGUUCUAUAUUGAGUUACUUAUGCGCUAUGAUUGUAAUAUCAUUGUUUUAGGAUCAAACUGUUUUAAAAAAGGCUUAAAUUGUCGCUAGUAUCAUAUUGCAUUCCAACGACAAGAUUUAGGCUUAUGUAUGUUCUACACUGUUUAGGAUUUUAUUCUUUGUUAAGGACGCGUCAGAGAGAGAGAUAAUUACAAUUAAUCUAUAGCUUGUACCUUCAAACACUCAAAUGAUUAUUAUUCAACAUUCUUCAUUUGAUAAGGGAUUCCUCAACACCCUUAAUGUAGUUGGAACAUCUUAUUCAAUGCACACAAUAAACUGAACCGGCCGCAAUCGAGUCUAAUCUACUCUGCGCUCUAAAUGAAUUAAAUCUUCUAUUGGAGUUUUAUACCUGAAGGAGGUUGCCUUGGAGUGGAUUGGUGUUAUAUUCAUAAACUGUCCAAUACCUACUACUGUGGAUUUCUGGGAGAAAGUCUUUUACAUAAAACUUGUAUGAGCUACUUGUACUUAAAUGCGGAUUUAACGCGUGGAAGCAUAUGAAUUGGUUUUAUUCAUUGACUUUGCAAAAAAGGCCGAAAUCAAAGAGCUGCAUGCGGCUUGCUAGCCGAUCGCUGGUCUACGCUGAUCAACACUGAUGUCUGGGUUUAAAGAAGUUAAAAAACAAAUUACACAACUUGUUGACAAAGCUUUUGUGCUUUGUUCUAAUGGCUAACGAUCAGCUUCUGAAAGAAAUACCUCACAAAAAGCAAUUAUAUGAGUGUGAAAAGGUUAUAAGUUCUAUGAUUACCAUUCAGAAGGUUGGAGAGUAGCUGAAUAAUAGGAUAGUUAGUUAGGAUUAGUUUUAGCAUCGUAUUUAAAGUUUCUUUGCAAAUUUAACACUUAAUCAUGUUUCCGGAGCAAGUCAUUCGAUAAUCAGAUUUGUUUAUUGAUGUUUUUUUUAUACCAACGCCAUUACACUACAAAAAUCUUAUGCUAUUAUUUGUUAAUUAACAUAGAGGUAAUAAAUUUAGAUCAUUAAAAUCAUA